AUGGCUCAUCCCGGCGUCGGCCGAACCUCCUUCUCUCUUCCCUCUCGAGCCACUGCCGCCUACUCUCCUCAAGCAAGCUCCACAGCGCCGCCGCUUUUUGUCAUCGUCAGCAUCGCCGCUACCUCGCCACCUUUGUCGGAUAAAGGACAAAAACGCGCGUUUUUUACAACAAACCCAACGCGACCCGUUUCGGAACUAGCGGCGGGUUCGCCAGCUCAACGCGAUCAACCGUACGUGUCUCUGGACGGCAUCGGAUGGCCAGCAUCGCUCCGCCACCACGACGUCGUGAUCGCAACACCCUGGAGGCGAGCCGACACGAGCUCCGAGAAUGGCAAGUGGCGACCGGGAAACCCUCUCCGCCGCCGGCUCCGCCUUCAAAACCCUAGUCCUAUGUACGCCUGCUCUACUCGAACCAACCCUCCUCCUCUCCCUCGAGAAUUCAAAGUACAGAUCUCGGCGAGAGAGGGACAAGGGCGUCGCGUCGCUGCCGGCCUCGAUUCGCUUCGUUCGAUGGGCUGCGGCGGGUCGAAACCGGAGAUGGGCAGUGAGAACCUCCGGCGCAAGGCCAUGGAGGUCCAGCGGCGCCUGCGGCCUGGGCGCCACCUCAGCAUCGCCUCCUCCACCGAUCUCCCCUGCUCCGAGGAUGCGAACGGCGAGUAUAACCUCGUUGCGACUCCCUCCUCCACCGCCGCCGUCAUCGCGGAGGAGGAAGAAGGGGGAAAGAAGUUAGCCGCGAUGGAGGCGGUAGAGGAGGCGGAUACGGUGGAAGCGGAGGAGGAGAAGGGGAAGAAACUGCGGCGGGCGGUCGCCGAGGACGAGCAGUUUCCGGGGUCGCCGAGUUUUAGAUUUUACUUCGCCGGGCCCACAGACGGGUCCGUAAUCUUACAAAGAGAGGAUAUUGAGAAAAGUAAACACUCUGUGGAUGGAUCAAAACACAAGAGCCAGCCUAUGAACUCAACAAAAGAGGAUUUGGAUACUAAGCAAGGAAAGCCAAAGGCGAAGAGAAAGAGCAAAUUGAGAGCAUUAACAAAGGCUCCUAUGAUUCAUAUAUUCAAUGCGAGGAAUUAUUCCAAAGUUGCUCAUGCAAGGGAUCACCAUGCAAUGUAGUCGAGCACGAGUAGUGUUUUCACUAUUGGAUCAGCAAGUGAACCGGUGGCUCGAUGAGUCGGGUCAAACAAUUCGGUUCGGCCGCGGGUUGUUUGCUUGAUUUGCGGGUUGACCGUUGCCUGGUCCAUUUUCAGAAACACAGCUCUCUGAAGUUUAGCUUCAUUUUAUAUGGAUGUGUGUUGUGUUCUGUUGGGAAGGCUUUGAGAUCAUAUUUCAUUGCUAUUCUCUUAAUGAUUUGAUAAUGUUUAUUGGUUUAUUCAUUGCCUUG